UCAAGGAAAAAGCGACGGCAUCAAUUGUAGUUAUGGUCGAUCCUGGGACAAACUGCGACUGGUCGGAUCUCCGAUUUACAAUGCUGCGUGAGGUUGGACAUGACCCGAACAUCUCUCUCCAGGUCGAGUUCCUGCCUGGAGAAGCGUCCCCGUUGCUUGCGAGCAUCCCCCGAUCUCUGCAGCCGGAGCAGAACGCUAAUGAAUGUGCACCCCCGUUGUCACAGCUUGAUAAGAUGGACAGAAUUGGCAGAUUACAACGGGGAAUGUCUAUCGGCCUGAGCGGCGUGGAGGGAGGGGGAACCAUGGGUGGUUUUGUCACCUUAGCGAGAGGGAGGGUCAUUCACCAAGGCCUCUUGACUAGUUACGAUGUCGUGAGGCCUCCUACACCUGCUUCCACAGUCAUCGAGGCCGAUAGGCAGGGUAUCUCAAUCGAUCGUCCAAAUUGCCCUAAGAUCGAGAUCAUCUACCCAGCCACGAAGGACGCCAGGGCAACGAAGGACGAGGCCGAGUUAGUGUUGGAGGAAACAAAGACAAGACUCGACGGACUAAUCCAGCGCAAGAACAACUACAAGCUUAUUGGCAAGGAAGUGAAAACUGCAGAGCUCAAACACAUUAAGGAUGUCGAAAGAGCGUACGACCAUCGUCAACAGACUCUAAAGGCAGUGCAGAACAUGCCCACUAAGAUAGGAGAAGUGGCAUUUGCUUCGGGCAUGGGCGUCAGCGGAGCAACCCUUCUCGAUUGGGCCUUUGUGGAAAUCACUGAGCCCGAAGCGCAGAAAUUCUUCAGGUGUGACCAGGUGCCACAAGUCCCUGUCAGAAUGAGGCCCUAUAUCGACACCUCCAAGCAAGUCCAUUUCAGUUUUCAAGAAGAACCGUUGAACGGCAUUGGUGUGAUGGAGAAAGGAGAGUAUUACGUGAUGGUUGGUCCGACCUCGGGGACGCAAACGGGAAUUUGCAAUGGUACCCAGGCCUCGUGUCACUGGAGGAAGAAUCAGAUUCGUUAUGGCGAGUUCGGGAAAGCUGUUGAUACUGCUCGGGUCACCCAAGAAUACGUUAUCAUAAACGAGGUGCUGAAGGGAAACAAAACCUUCCAGGACCCUUUUUGCUAUCCCGGAGAUUCGGGAGCUUUCAUGAUCAACACAAAAGGCGAGGUGUGUGGUCUCUUGUACGGGUAUCUCGAUGUCUAUGUAUCGCUAUCUGACUAUAUUUAUUCCGGCCUGGCUACGUGUAUGGGAAGUAUUAAGCUGUCAAUACAGGCCCUGACGACUCCUCGCGAUGCUCAAGGUAGACCGACAGGAAUCCUUGCCGAGCUUGGUCUUUUCUAAGUGGGAGUAGCGACUGCUAAUAACGUUUGCCUGUUUACUUGUACUUCGUG